AUGGAUUUCAUCAAGAAGGCUGUUUCCAGCUCCGGCGGCAACCACGAGUCUAGCAGCAACAACAGCAGCAACAACAACCAGCAGAGCGACGACUACGUUGACAAGGCCUUCGGUGCAGGUGUCAAGAAGUCUGGCUACAACGUCGACCGCAACACGCAGGAGAAGAUAACCGAUGGUGCCCGCUCGGCCUACGAGAAGGCCACUGGCAAGCACGUCAGCGACAAGAUCUCCAACUAA